AUGACAUCUUACGACGACGAAAACCCAUACCGGCUGGCUGGACCAUCGAGGGACCCAUUUCCACGCCUUAAUUCUUCUACGUCAUCACUUGGCCGCAGAAACUCUAGUCCUAGACUCCAAGUCACGCCAAUAGAAGAGCAGAGGUAUCCAAUGACGGAAAUCAUCAAGGCGAGACUAUCCGCAAGCCAACAUGGCUCCGAGGAUGCGCAGCGCGCAAUGACCUCGGACAACGUGCGGCGCACGCUUGAGCCCAUGACGAUCGAUGAGAAUCCGCCCGUAAAUGACGAGGAACCAUCAACCGUGGAGUAUCUCACAGGAUUGCGUCUUGGGCUGCUCAUAGGUGGCCUUAUGCUCGGCAUGCUUCUCUUCUCGAUUGACCGGACCAUCAUAUCCACGCCGCUCUUUGGACGCAUUUUCGUUCUGUAUUCCAUCAAGUGGUCAUAUCUCAUCGCCAUGAUCAUAUUCGAGCUUGGCUCCCUCCUCUGCGGACUGGCGCCAAACUCGACAACCCUGAUUGUUGGGCGGGCCAUUGCGGGGUUUGGCAGUGCUGGUAUUCUUGUAGGCAGCUUCGUUAUCGUGAAUAAGGCUGUUCCGCGGCAGAAGGUUCCCAUUUUCACGGCUGUGGUCGGUUUGAUGUUCGGUGUCGGGGCCUCGGUCGGUCCUCUCCUAGGUGGUGUGUUCACGGACCUUGUGACAUGGAGAUGGUGCUUUUACAUCAACUUGCCGCUUGGCGCCAUAACCAUCAUCUGCUUGGUUCUGUUCUUCAACCCCAAGAGACGCGAACGCACCACCCGAACGCUCCUGGACAGGUUUAAGGACCUGGACAUUGUGGGCAACAUCCUCAUUCUAGGCGCUUUUGUCAUGCUUUUCUUAGCGCUUGAGCAUACAACACGAGGAUUUUCCUGGAACCACCCACUCAUCAUUUGGCUCUUAGUCGGCUGUGGUAUUACUACCAUCAUAUUCAUGGGCUGGCAAUGGGCUAAAGGGGACGCGGCAUUGAUUCCCCCUCGCAUCAUCAAGCAGCGUACUGUGGCGGCGUCAUGCGGCUCGGCCUUCAUGAUAUACGCGGUCCUGAUCAACCUGACCUUCUUCCUCCCGCUUUGGUUUCAGGCCAUUAAGAACGAGACGGCCAUGCGCUCCGGCGUACACAUGGUCCCGUUCUUUGUCUUCCAGUCAGUGUUUUCACUGAUUGCAGGAGGUAUUGUGUCCAAAUUUGGUUAUGCAACGCCUCCAGCGGUGAUCGGCUCCGCGAUCGGUACCAUUGGCCUCGGAUUACUUACCUUGUUGAACCCCAACACAACAACAGCCCAAUGGGUAGGCUAUGAAGUUCUAGUGGCCGCUGGCUUUGGCCUAUCGAUCCAGCAAUGCUUCAACGCAGUACAGACGAUGCUGAGCGGCUCGGAUGAUUUACCGUUGGCAACUGCGGCCGUUGCCGCUGCCCAGUCACUUGGAGGUGCCAUCUUCGUGUCGGUAGGGAACAGUGUCUUCCAGCACCAGCUGAUGAAGGCAUCCACCGCCAAUCUGGUCCCCGGAAUCGACAUCAAGCAGGUGAUCGCGGCGGGUGCGACCGCGUUCCGCGACCUGAUACCUGCGGAGCAGUUGCUCGCCAUGAUCCAAGUGUACAACAAGGCGAUCCAGACGGUGCUUAUUGUGCCCAUUCCGCUAGGAGUGCUUGCAACUCUUAUUGCGUGCUUCAUCGAAAUGAGAUCGGUGAAACCCCCAAAGACCAACGAGGAGUCAGGCUGA